GAAUAUCUUCUCUAAGCCAGCCAGGUUUUGUCUGGGGUUACAUUACAUUUCUUAGCUGCUGCGAAGUUCAGAAGCUUCAGUAGAAGAAUGAGUACAAGGAGCCAUCAGAUUCUUCUUGGUUAAGACCAUAACAAUAAAACUGGGCAUAUAUGUGCAAUAUGUCUCUAGGUGUGCUAGCCCUCUGAUAUCUCAAAAUGCCAUUAGUGAAAAGAAACAUAGACCCCAGGCACCUGUGUCACACAGCACUGCCCAGAGGCAUCAAGAAUGAAUUGGAAUGUGUCACCAAUAUCUCGUUGGCAAAUAUAAUUAGACAACUGAGUAGUCUAAGUAAAUAUGCGGAAGAUAUAUUUGGUGAGCUUUUCAAUGAAGCACACAGUUUCUCCUUCAGGGUUAACUCCUUACAAGAACGUGUGGACCGUUUAUCUGUCAGUGUUACACAACUUGACCCAAAGGAAGAAGAAUUGUCAUUGCAGGAUAUUACAAUGAGAAAAGCUUUCCGGAGUUCCACAAUUCAAGAUCAGCAGCUGUUUGACCGCAAGACUCUGCCUAUUCCUUUGCAGGAGACUUAUGACACUUGUGAACAACCUCCCCCACUCAACAUACUCACCCCUUACAGAGAUGACGGAAAAGAAGGUUUGAAGUUUUACACCAAUCCUUCAUAUUUCUUUGAUCUAUGGAAAGAAAAGAUGUUGCAGGACACCGAGGACAAGAGAAAGGAAAAGAGAAAGCAGAAGCAGAAGAAUCUAGAUCGCCCUCAUGAACCGGAAAAAGUGCCCAGGGCGCCUCACGACAGACGGCGAGAGUGGCAGAAGUUAGCCCAAGGUCCAGAGCUUGCCGAAGAUGACGCUAAUCUCUUACAUAAGCACAUUGAAGUUGCUAAUGGCCCAGCCUCGCAUUUCGACUCAAGACCUCAGCCAUAUGUGGAUCAUAUGGAUGGAUCCUACUCCCUUUCUGCAUUACCUUAUAGUCAGAUGACUGAACUUUUGAGCAGAGCUGAGGAGCGAGUGUUGGUCAGACCACAUGAGCCACCACCCCCUCCACCAAUGCAUGGUGCAGGGGAUGUGAAACCCAUACCUCCUUGUAUUAGCUCCACCACAGGUUUGAUAGAAAAUCGUCCUCAGUCACCAGCAACAGGCAGGACACCAGUGUUUGUGAGCCCCACACCCCCCCCUCCUCCUCCUCCUCUUCCAUCUGCUUUGUCCACUUCUUCAUUGAGAGCUGCAAUGACUUCCACCCCUCCUCCACCCAUACCUCCACCACCACCACCUCCAGCAGCUGUUUUGCAAGCACCAGCAGUGCCACCUCCACCAGCUCCUCUCCAGAUUGCUCCUGGAGUUCUUCAUCCAGCUCCUCCUCCAAUUGCACCACCUCUAGCACAGCCCUCUCCUCCAGUCACUAGAGCUGCCCAAGUAUGUGAAACUGUACCAGUUCAGCCAGUUCCACAAGCUGAAGUGCAAGGACUUCCUCCUCCCCCUCCACCUCCUCCACUGCCUCCCCCUGGCAUUCGACCCUCAUCUCCUGUCUCAGUUGCCACCCUCUCUCAUCCUCCCACAACCAUUGUUCCUGGCCCUCAUGCUCCACUAAUGCCUCCAUCUCCACCAUCCCAAGUGAUUCCUGCUCCUGAACCCAAACGCCACCCAUCAACUCUACCUGUAAUCAGCGAUGCCAGAAGUGUUCUACUGGAAGCAAUACGAAAAGGUAUUCAGCUACGCAAAGUCGAAGAGCAGCGUGAACAAGAAGCUAAACAUGAGCGCAUUGAGAAUGAUGUUGCCACUAUAUUGUCUCGCCGCAUUGCUGUGGAAUACAGUGACUCAGAAGAUGAUUCAGAGUUUGAUGAAGUGGAUUGGUUGGAGUAGAAUAGAUACAUUGAUAUACACUGAAUGCUAAUGUCCAUUGUGGUGAUUGUUCUUUGAAAACAUUUGAUGGUCAUUUCUAGUGGGUUUUGUAUUUUUUUUCUUUACACUACGCAUCAUUAAUCCAUGUUUUUCUACUUUUCCGUUUUCUUGUAAACUACUAGCACAUCUUUGAAACUAAAUGUUUUACAGUGGCUUUUCUUUUCUUGAAAGAACAUAUUUUGUUCCAGUAGACCACUAAGUAUUAAGCAUGGGCAGCUGUUGGUAGAGUAGCAGUUUCAAUAUUUUGGCAUAUCUUAACUGUGCACUUUGUGAAUUUUAAGUUAAUGAAGGUAACUGAGAUUGAAAUUCCAAGGGCAGCUGUAUGUACUAAUGAGCCUUAUUCCAUUUUUGAUAAAUGUUUUUAAAAACCUAGCUAUCAAAAUAUACAUCUGUACACUAAGAAGAUACAUAUAGUUAGCAGCACUGAACACAAUGAAAGGAAAAAAAGGAUCUUUGGGGGCUUUUAUUGUUUUAUUGUUGUUUUUUAAAUAAUUAUGGCCUUAUUUGAAUGUUUAGAGGUUUCCCCCUCCCUCCCAGGUACAUAUCGUGUGGUACUAUUUUGCCUGCAUACAAAAGUUUAAAUUUUUUUCUGUGUGAAAUCUUCUGACUUAAACAUGCUGUGUAACUUAUGUAACUGUUAAAAAUAACAGUUUGGUUUAAUAAAUGGUAAAUGUUC